CACCCGGGAACGAUGCUUUCUGUCGCUCGGCAUUUGUCUGAAGUGCACAAUAUAGUCCUCCCCGCUGCUUAAAGUAAGUUCCCGCAAACACUUAGAACACGGAGGGUCAAGUGUGUUCGUGUGUGAAUUUUGGAGCUAUAGAAGCCAGUGAUGACUACAAGCCAAAGCAGUCCGGUUCUUAAAGAUGUUGUGGCCUAUGUUGAUGUGUGGUCGUCCGAGAAAACAGCAAAUUUUUCAAAACCAUUUGUCCAGCAGCUGCAGGAAAUGGGUGCUCAGGUAUCAAAAACAUUCAAUAAACAAGUCACACAUGUCAUUUUCAACAAUGGUCACCUGGCCACAUGGAGAAAAGCUAAGAAAAGUAAUGUGAAGCUUGUCUCCGUUCUCUGGGUAGGCAGGUGUUAUGACGACGGCGUGCAUAUAGACGAGGACUUGUAUCCAGCUAUAAAUGAUGAAAGCAAUCCUGUAUUGAUGAACAAGAAACAUCGCUGCAUGCAGCCAAAAGAUUCUCCGGAACGGACACCUGAAAAUGACAGACGCAUGAAGAAGAAAUUAGACAAGAUGAUGAAAGACCGUGUUCCAAAACAACCUCUAGUCACAGAUGUGUCUCCCAUCAUCAUCGAUGAAGAGAGUGGAAUCAUCUACAGCCCUGCGUUGAAAAGAUCAGAUUAUAUGGCAAAACGUUUGAAAGACAUGAAAGAAAAGCGGGAAAACCUCUCACUCAGUGAGUCACAAAUGGUUGAAUCCUGCUCACCCACCGAGCUGAAUCCUUCUCUUGGGAGCACGCCGACUGUUCAAAAAUUAAUGUUUCACCAGUCGGAUGAUUCCUGUGCGUCUGUCGCUGAACCUGGCUGCUUACCUGAUAAACAAAAUGGAAAAACACAAGUUGAUGCAACUGACCAUGGAAAUCUUGAAAAACACCACAGGACAGGUUCGGAAAAGCCGUGGCUGUCACCCUGUCGUGAAGUGCACCCUGCUGUGAAAAUGAUAUCGAGUCCUUUGAAAUGCCCUGACUUUGACAAUGAAGAAGGAAACAGACAACAAAAGCAGAGGAGGUCAUCAGUCAGAAGAAAGCCAGCAGAGAAAUACACAUCUGUGGGUUCGUUGGAAAAUCCUCACCAGCGUGCAAAAUCGGAAAACACGGAGAACUUUACAAAAGAAAAAAGGCAAUCACGGAUAAAAUCAUCCAGCCCAUCGUCUAAAAUAUCUGAAAAGGGAAAACUGCACGUUAAUGAAACCUUUACAGAGACUCAGACCACUCCUUGUCCUGAUAAUGUGAAAUUGUCUAGUUGUCUCUCAUCCCCAGCCAUUUCACGUGAUGCUGCUGUUAGACUGUCAAAAGACACUGCAACUCCACGUCGGAGACUGGAACAGAACAUUUCCAAACGAGCCGGACCAUCAUAUUCGGCCUUGAACCGAACAUUCACAAUAUCCAAUGAGUCUCCCAGUAUUGCCCCAGUUUCCGCUGAAGGUGAUGAUGAUGCGUUUGAGGACUAUUUUUCACCAGCAAACCACCACCAGAGAUCAAAAAAUCGUCUCCUGUCUAAUCUCUCUGUGGAGAGUGACAUCCAUAUUCCUCUUGAGUUGGACCCUGUCCCGAAGAAGAGGACAGCAAGGAGAAGUGAAGGCAGUGGAUCUGAAUGUAGUGGUAAAAAGAGGAGGAAACUGAAUGAGGGUCCAUGUGGCAAAACUCAACAGCAGUUGGAUUCAAACCGUCACCCGCAACAGGAUGUUGGAGAAUCCGUGCCUGCCUUGGACAGUCCAAGUCGCAGUUUAACACUUGUGGCUAAAAGGCGAAGACAGAGCACCUUGCCGUUUACAAGCACCAGUACAAUUACAACUGACGCAUUAAAACACAGACGAGCAUCCGAACAAUCAGUGUUAACAGGAGAUAAGCCAGUACCAGAGAUGGAGAAAAAAUCUGAAGUCAGUGUUCAUUCUCACACUGUGGAAAGUACAGGAAAUGAAUGCACAGUUGCAGCUGGAUUAAUAGAGAUCAACUCUGAAGGCGAUGUAACUCACAGUGAGCAGAUGAGCUUGUCUCUUAAGAAGAUGGACAGUGGGGCAAAGGCUGUGAGAACAUUGGUUAUGACAAGCAUGCCUACUGAGAAGCAGCACACAGUGCGUCAGUUGGUGAAAGCACUGGGCGGUUUUCUCAUCGUUGACCAGGUUUGUGAAAGCACAACUCAUGUGGUGUGUGGGGGCUACCGGCGGACUCUCAAUAUUCUGCUGGGUAUAGCCCGUGGCUGCUGGGUCCUCUCUUUUGAAUGGAUCCUCUGGUGUUUGGAACAAAGGCAGUGGAUUCCAGAGGAACCUUAUGAACUUUCAGACCAAUUUCCAGCAGCACAGAUUUGUCGUCUUCAGAGGCAUCUGUCUGCUGGCGAGCAUCAGCAGGACCUCUUCCAAAGCCAACCAGCCAUGUUUGUGUCCCACCAAUCCCAGCCGCCCAUGCAGAGUCUGGUGGAGCUGAUUGAGCUCUGUGGAGGAACAGUCUGCAAAACUGUGCGUCAGGCAGGUAUCUGUAUCGGGAAAUACGGUGGUAGGAGACCAGAGGGAAGCAGGAUCUUGUCUGAGCAGUGGGUGCUGGAUUGCAUCACACACCUCAAGCUGCUGCCAUAUGACAGCUAUGAUUUCAAGUGAAAGAUGUUGAAUAUUUUUAUUGGAGGUGAAUUUAAGUUUUAUUAAUUUUAUGCUGGAAUGUGCCAUUUCAUAAUACACACACCCUCACUUUCUACCUGAAAUUCCUACCAGAAAUUCUCCUCAAAUGCUGUGUUUUUGACCUGUUAAUUCAUAAGAAUAUCAGUUGCUCCACAAAUUACUGUGAACCUGCCUUAACCUUGAGUGUCCUUCGCAACUGCCUUGAGCCAGUUUAAUAGCCUUAACAGAGACGAAGGUUACUCCAUCUUUUAGGUAUUUGUAAUGUAUUUGUUUGUUUUUUCUAACUGUUGAUGUUGGUUUUCUUAUUUUCUGAGUUGAAUAUGCAGUGUAGAAAUAGAAAAGUGUAAAAAAUGGAAGAUGUUAUUACUUCCCAUUUUGUCUUUGCAACUCAGAUUUUCCCUUUGUUACCUCCCUGCCUUCUGUGCAGAUAUUAAUAAAAGUUCUAAAUCCAUUAAACAAAAUGUUGUAAAACUAAA